AUGAUAGACAAUUACAAAGCUUGGCACGAGCAAUUGCCUUAUGCUUUAUUGGGAUACCCUACUACAGACAGAACUUCAACAGGAGCAACUCCAUACCUGCUGGUGUAUGGUACUGAAGCUGUUAUACCUGCCAAGGUCGAGAUACCUUCCUUAAAGAUCAUCCAAGAAGCAGAAUUAGACAAUGCUGAAUGGGUUCGAGCUCGAUAUGAGCAAUUGGCUUUAAUUGACGAGAAAAGGAUAGUUGUCAUAUGCCACGGUCAACCAUAUCGAAAAAGGAUGGCAAGAGCCUUCAACAAACGACUCAGGACUCGACUUUUCCAAAUUAGGCAGAUGGUGCUCAAAAGAAUUUUCAUGCAUCAAGAUGAAUGCAAAGGGAAAUUCGCUCCCAAUUGGCAAGGUCCUUAUGUGGUCCGCAAAGUACUCUCUAGAGGAGCGGUAGUAUUGACAGAAAUGGACGGACAAGAGUGGCCAAAUCCAAUCAAUUCAGAUGCAAUCAAGCGCUACUAUGGAUGA